UAAAAAUCGGCCCGGCAGAUAUAUAUAUUCGCCAACAAUCCUGCUUAGCCUCACUUAAUAAUCGACGUUUCGGCGUAACAGUUACAUCCAUAUCAAAAAUUAAUUUUAGUUUUCAAACUUGGAGACGUUUGUCAAAAUUUUCACCAAUAAGAUGCGUUUUCUCUUGAUCCUCUGGUGCGCGGUCAUGGGUUUGGAAAGCUUCUUCGUCUGCUGUCAACAGGACUUGUGGGGUGGUCAGACUCUUUCCAAAGAUCUUCUGAGGCCCUACUUCUUGGAACCUUCAUCCCUGGAAUCUCCAGACUACGAGAGCGCGAAGUCAUCUCCCCUCAACUCCUUCCCUUCUUCCCGACAGACGACUGGAGGACUGAAAAAGAGAGUCGCAGCAAUGGGAGUAGACUUACCCGACUACAUCUUGCACUACAGAGGAAAAUCUCCAGAUCUUGGAUCUUUCCGAGAAAGAAUGCAACUUAGUGGUCGAAGGUAAAUGAGAAGUUACAGAAAAAUAAAAAGGAUAAAGAUAUAUGACAUAUUUUUUUGACAACAGAAAAUAUUCCGUCAUUCAAAGACAGAAAACUUUCAUCAUCAUUCAGACACAGAGCGAAGACAAUACUCAAAGAAAAUUGUCAUCAUACCUGUGACCGCGAUGUUUACUUUGCUUUUUUUAUUCUACUUAAAAACAGGCUUAGGUUGUAUUUAUAUUAAACAGAGAUUUGCAUUUGAAAUAUAAGUGUUAUGCAUUCUGUACGUAAAAAAUUUAAAUAGAAAAAAAUAUCUGUGUUGAUACAUGUGAACAAAAAUAGAGAAAUGAAUGUAGAAUUAUGGAAAAAGGAAAUAAAAGACAGGAAUAUAUUUUUCCUGA